AGUUAAAACUAAUGUUAUGCUGGAUUCAGCAACUAUUGUUCUUGCUCUCCUGUGUAUGUCAACCAUGAAUGAGACAUGUUAUGGACCUAGAGAAGAUGUUUGUGAUAUUAAAGAGACUUUUUCAGAUGCUAUGACUGUCCUGUAACUGCCACAGUCUUGGUAGUCGAGGGUACAUCAGCCAUUUGCAACAGCCACCCACCACAUGGCUGAACGUACAUCUUACGAGCCGUCUGAGUCUCUCUCCUUUGCCCCCAUGUUCCGAUCUGAGACAGAAGGUCAAAGUUCAAGCCACAACAUUUACCAGCAAGGUUCAAUGAGUGGGCUGAGCCAGUUUGAAGUCUCCAACCACCUCCCAUGUGAAGCCAGUGAUGGCACCGGGAGCACUAUGAAUGGAAUAGAUCCGUCAGGGAAUACUGUUUACUGGGGGAAUACAUCCCCAGUCUCUUCUGUGGGACUGAACCGGAACAAGGCACAGCUUGGAGUGUACCAGAACGACUGGCGUUCUCACUGCCACCAGCAGGAGGCAACAGAGAGUUAUGAAACAACAGAGCAUCAGAAACUGGAUUCAUUCUCAGAGGCUUUUUGUAGUCGAAGCACCUCGCAAAUGCUGGGUGGAGAAGAUCAGAGUGGGUUCAGCACUCCUUCAAACAACUCUACUCCUUCACAUGCUCUCUCCUUCCCUCUGGUACUUAGUCCGCCUCCAACACCUCUCCCUCCUUCCUCCUUUUCUCCUCCCAAACGACAUCAACACUUCCUGUCUGGGCAGAUCCUAAGCCAAUCGCAGAUGCAAACACAGACAGAUGGGUCACUGCAGUUAUUUCCCUCUCUGCCCUCACCUUCCAGUGGCAGAUUCAAUUACCCCAAUUGGCCCCAGCUGCCAGCAGAAGACAACGAGAGUGGGAACAUAACCCAGCACCUCCCACAAGAGUUUAGCCCUUCCCUAGUUCAUUCAGACCAAACAGGGCCCCAUAUGAGACAAAUAAACUCUCCACCGAAAGACUGUUCACUGCAGAUGUCCCUCAGCUCUGCACUGGCUCAGCAUCAUCAUUCACAGUCCUGUGUACAGCUCCAGCUGGGCCUUGAGCCCGGGACAUCUGAAGAUCAGAUGACAUGGCCUCAGUUAUCCCAUUCAUUUGGACCUUCUCUUCACCAGUCCAGCAUCCAUGGGCAGGAGUCAGGCCCAGGAGAAGGGUCAAGAUUCACUUGUGGGUUUAACUUCAGUGCUGGGUCCGCAGACAAACCUCUGGGGUCUCACAGUACACAGAAUGCUCCCAUUGUCGUGUACACUGGAGUCCCUUUUAACAGUGUGAUCCAGUUGGGUAGGGAGCUCAUGGAGAACUGGGAAGGAACAAUGUCUCACUUUACACCACUCCCAAUGUUGAAUCCCACCCGCAGUGGCAUAGGACUCUUCAGCAACCUGCGGUCUCCUCUAACUGUGGAAAACAGAGCAGAGUUGACUGAAGAGAGGAAAGAUGAUUACUCACAGGGGUGCAUAAAUAUAGGCCCAGAGUUCCAGGCUGAGUUGCCAGAUCUGACUGAAAGAGAGCAUAGGGUGUGGCCAGAAGAAUCAGUCAGGGAGGAGAUGUUAUGGAAACCUUGGGUGGAGUUAGAAGAGAACGACACCCUUUUAGAACAAGUGGAGAAUCUUCUAGACCUGAGUGCUUCCAGUGUUCUACCAGGAGGUGGUGCCAAUUUGGAGCUUGCUCUUCAUAGCCUCUCACAUUGCCGGGGAAAUAUUCUGGCAGCACUGGAGAUGCUGUUGUUUUCAAACUCCGUUCCAUCAGAAGGCUACCACUAUUCUGGCACUGAUAUGUGGACUCUGAAUGAACAAAGACUGUUCCAUAAAGCUUUAACAAUCUAUGGAAAAGAUUUCUUCUUCAUUCACAAAAUGGUGAGGACAAAGCAGGUGCUACAGUGUGUAGAAUACUACUACAAAUCAAAGAGGCUUUCAGAGAAACAAAGGAAGCAGAGUGAGAGAGAAAAAGUAAGUGAGGAAGAGAGAAAUGCAGUCGGCAUCAAUCAGGUUUCUCCAGCCCCGAAGAUGUUGGUUAACCAAGCUAAUAUUGAGAGAAUGAUUCACACCCAACCACUUCCCACAAGCUUUCCCUGUAAACAGUGUGGCAAGAUGUUUUACAAGAUCAAAAGCAGAAACGCCCACAUGAAGAUCCAUCGGCCACAGCAAGAGGACUGGAAGGAUAAACUGCACAUACACUCAAACCAGCACCACAACCUCAAUAUAACCAGAGCACUGGUCCAUGCAAACCAGCAAAUCCUAACCCAGACACACCAUCAGAACCACAUCCUGACCCAAAGUCUGAUUCAGAAUCUGGUCCAGUCACAGACCCAGUUGGCCUUUCUUCAAAGCACAAAGACUCCAAGCACAUGCCCAAGCAGUAGUACCAGUUGCAUGGUUCCCACCCAAAAUCCACAGAUUGUGUCCAAAGCACCCCCCUUACAACUCUAUACUGGACAUCACCAGACAUGGGGCUCCCAACAUAGUGUAGAGACAGGUGGCCUGUUCUAUAACUGAAGCUGAACUCAGAGCAUGUACAGAGUAAACAUCACCAAAUGACCAAUAAUGGAUCGCUGAAGUCAAACUUAACUUGUAUAGCAUUUGUCUGAAGUCUCGAAAGCCUUGUGCGACCUUCGGACAUUUGUCUCUCAUUUUUUUUAUUUUUUUUUAAUAAUUUUGUCUGUUUUAAUGCCAAUGGCAUACAUUUUGCCAAAGGUUUGUAUUUUUGGGGGAAUUUAUAUUUCAACCUCAGAUCCUGUAAUGCAUCUAUAAUACACUGUACAACAAAUAGUCACACUCCAGAACUUCAGGACAAAAAUGUCCACAUUGAAACCCAUUAAAACUGCAAUAUUUGAUCCCAGUGCCAUUUAUGCAUAAAAUCAUGAAUGCUACUAUGCUUUCAUUCUGGAGCCUGGCAUUUUCCACCAGAUUGUGCCUUUUCUCAUGUUUAGCCUAUGGAGCAAAUACACGUUUUUCCUAUUUUCGAUAUUAGAGCACUGCUGGCUAAUUAAAUAAAGGAUUCCAUUAAAAUCGUGUGUGUUUUGUGUAUUGAGACGUGUGUGUAAAACAGUGGCAUUAUGUAAACAAACUGGCAUUUAAAGGGUUAAAGUCCUGGGGGAAAAAAAUUAGGAAUUUUUGGUAGUUAUGAUCAGGACUGAUGUUGAAAAAAAAAAUAAAAAUGUAAAG